UGAAAUGCGAGCAAGCUUUAUAAAAGUCGAGGUGGCUCAUCGAAUGAUGGGUUAAAAUUUCAGCGAGCUAUUUGUGGCCUGCAGCUUCGCACACCAGAUACAAACAGAACAGUAUGGAGACACUUCUUUUUCUAUUUCCUCAAUUCAACUACAUGGCCCCAAAGGAGGAAGCAUAUUACAAAAUGCUUGGUCCAGAAGACUUGCAGACACCAAAGAUGAAGGACGAUUGUAGCAGGCAGAAAGACAAGGAAAGGAAGAGCCGACUAAGCCUUUUUCUCACCAAGUCAGGCUCUCAUGAAAACGUCAGUCCCCAUAAAAAGACAAAUACGACAUCCAGCAACAUCUCACCAGAGGCAGCUUUGCAAUGGAGCGACUCCUUUGAAGAAAUGCUAAAGCACUCAGAUGGGGUAGAAAACUUCUCUCAGUUCCUCAGGACAGAGUUCAGCGAGGAAAACAUUGAGUUCUGGUUGGCCUGUGAAGAAUACAAGACCAUUGAUUCUGAGACAAAGCUGCUGUCCAAAGCCAAAUAUAUUUAUACAGUAUUUAUUGAAUCGGAGGCUCCUAAAGAGGUUAACAUUGACUACAACACCAAGAUGGCCAUCCAGAAGAACAUAGCACAUCCCACAAGGAGCUGUUUUGAAGCCGCACAGACGAAAGUCUAUAGCCUGAUGAAAAAGGACUCCUACCCCAGGUUCCUGCACUCUGACAUUUAUCUGCGUCUCACCAGGCGGAAAGGCCCCGGGGCCACUAUGUUUCGCAGAAGGUCACGCUCCUGUGUAUUCAACGAGAGAGGCGAGGCCACGACUGAACCCUCGGCCUGGUAGUCGUAUCAUCACAGGUUUAGUAGCUCACUCUGUGAAACUAGUUAUUAUAUACGAGAUCCAUGAUUUGCCGCACAGUUGUGUGGUGCAGGGGCUUAUUAUCCAUAGAUUUGCUUCUGCAGAGUGAAUUAUUGUGUUAUAACCACAGGGGUCAUACUGGGUUAUUCCAGUUACCCAGUAUCACGGCAGCAUGCCAGCAAUAAAAAAUUAAAGGAAUAGUUUGACAUUUUGGGAAAUAUGCUUAUUUGCUUUCUUGACAUGAGUUAAAAAUGAGGAUUGAUACCACUCUCAUGUGU